UUUUCUUUUCCUCCCGCUCAACUCAUCUGUUCGCUUUUGCUCCUACCAACAUGCAAUUUUCAAUGGUGGAAAGGAUUAUGGUACUUCAUUCAAGGAUCCUUCUUAUGCUUCAUUCAAGGGCUCCUUCAUAGAGCGGCAAGAGUCGAUCGAGAAUAAAUGGGAGAGGUCGGUUUGUGAAGGAAAGGGAGGUCAUGCUGCAGGACUCGAGCGGAUCCAUCCGAGUACCGACAGUUGAUUGGAUCAUUGAUGUAUCUAGUUAACACUAGACCGGACAUAUGUUUUGCUGUAAAUGCUCUCAGCCAGUUCAUGAGCUUGCCCAAGCAUGUUCACCUUGUUGCAGCCAAGCAUAUCCUAAGAUACUUGCGAGGCACAGUUGGUUUUGGGCUGAAGUAUCCACUUAACACUCCAAUAACCUUGGAAGGUUAUUUUGAUGCAGAGUGGGCUGGAAGCGUCAAAGACAGGAAAAGCACCUCUGGUAUUUGCUUUAGCUUGGGUUCUGCAGUGAUCUCUUGGGCUUGCAGAAAACAAUCCUCAGUGGCAUUGAGUACUGCUGAAGCUGAGUAUAUUGCAGCAAGUGUAGCAUCCAGAGAAGCAGUAUGGCUUCGUAAGCUUCUUGCUGGGUUGUUUGGUCAGCCAUGGGAUCCUACAGUUAUUCACUGUGAUAAUCAGAGUUGUAUUAAAAUGUCUAUCAAUCCAGUGUUUCAUGACAGGUCAAAACAUGUGGAAACCCAUUAUCAUUUUAUUCGGGACAUGGUGCAAAGAGGAGCUAUUCAGCUGAAGUAUGUCAGCACUAAUGAGCAGGUUGCAGAUAUCCUCACCAAGCCUCUAUCCAAAGUGAAGUUUGUGUACUUCAGGGAUAGACUUGGUAUUGUGGAAAAUGAAACUCCGAUUGAGAGGGAGUCUCAAUUUCAGUGAUAUUUUGUAUUGUAUAAAACCAUCCUCUGCGGGCAAUGUAAGAUGGUGUUGUAAAUGUUAACCACCCUUUGCGGGCAAUGUAAGGUGGUAUUGUAAACUUCUCAGGGAGAAGUGUAAUUAUUAACCAUCCUCUGCGGGCAAUGUAAGAUGGUAUUGUAAAUAUUAAACCACCCUCUGCGGGCAAUGUAAGGUGGUAUUGUAAACUUCUCAGGGAGAAGUAUAAUAUUAACCAUCCUCUGCGGGCAAUGUAAGAUGGUAUUGUAAAAGGAAGUGUAAAUUGUUAAACCAUCCUCUGCGGGCAAUGUAAGAUGGUAUUGUAACCUUGACCAUCCUCUGCGGGCAAUGUAAGAUGGUAGUAAAGGAUCCUCUCCACCCUCUGUGAGCAAUGCAAGGUGGAUCCAGUCUAUGCUUGUGUGCAAGCUGGAAGAUUAUGAUUAUGAUUCUAUUCCCUAAUUAAGAGGGAGUGUUGUUUGUAAUUAGGGCUGGCGGAUUCCAAUUGCCUUGGGCAACAUUGGAAUCCGGCCCCCCCACCCCCCCCUUCUUUAUAGGGCCAGGCCCAAUACCUCUCGGCCCUCAACUAAAUAAACCUCCACGCUUCACUCAACUCACAUGCCUCCUUGAUAGGGUCGGCUCCAUCAAUUAAAAGGAAAUUAAUACUUAAUUGUUUAAUGGUAAGGAGGCCGACAUGGUUGAGAAGUUAUAUGUCCCCUAUAAAUGCAGCGCAUACUUCUCAUUAUCAAAUCAAGUUUUUAGCUGAUGACAUUAUAUUCUGAAAAGAGUGAAUUGAUACAAAGGCAUUUGGGAAUAGCAAACAGUAGACAGCGAACUCCACAAGAGGCAGCAGACCGAGAGGAAGAAGAUCCAAAUUGGAGAGCGAACUAGAUCAAUCAGUUGCAGAUCCCAAACAGUAGACAGCGAACUAGGAAGAAGAUCCAAAUUGGAGAGCGAACUAGAUCAAACAGUAGCAGAUCCCAAACAGUAGACAGCGAACUCCACAAGAGGCAGCAAUCCAUCUCCAAAGCAUAGAAGACUUCUUUAAUGAACUGUGAUUAGAUGAGGAGGACUGCAAGCUGAUUGAAGAGUAUUUCAUCUCUUUCACAUAGUGACUGCAACUCCAGAUAAGUGUGUAAUGUUCAGUUGUAUUCUAAAUCAUAAAUCAGAUCUGAGGAUCCUUUGGCUGGGUUUGUCCUCUUAGGAGGUUUUCCCAGGGUAACUGUGCAUUGUCCUUAGCAUUUCAUUUCUCUUAUUAUGCUUAAAAGUACAGAAAACUAUAAAUUAAUUAACCUAAUUCUAAAUUUCUGAGUUUUAUUCAAUCUGAAAGUACCAAAAAAAUAACAUGUAUAACCCUAUUCUUUUGUUGUAUUGGAUUGUCACUAUCCAUUUGUAGGAGCAAGGCCAAAGAUUGUUGGAUGUAGCUUCUUUCUGACUCAUAAUAGUAUUGCCAAUAUUGUGUUAUGAUGUUGUACAUAUUGUCCCCUGUGCUUUGAUUGCACUUUGACAGUCUAUCAUCGUGGAGAUUAAUGACUGUCAAAUUGGCUUUACUCAGACAAAUGUUUCUCUUGAAUGCUUUCUUGGUCUUAUACCUAGGACUAUUACGAAUUCUUUUGGGUGACUGAGACUUUUGUAUUCACUGUUCAUGGACUUGUAUUUUAUCUAACCUAGAAAUUUUCUAAAAUAAGCAUAGUUUGUAUCAUAGGCUGAGAACAAACUACAUGUUAAACUUUUGUAUUCGUUGUUCAUGGAAUGUAGCAUUUAUUUUGAUGGUACUAUAGCAUGACUGUUGCACUUCUUUCAUGAAGCUUAUUCAUUGUGUUAGAUUGCAAUCCUUGGAUGGCUCUCAUGAAGUAACUUUCCUUUGAAGGCUCUUCACAACCCUUAUGCUAGCUUAGUAGUAUGACUGUCAUACUUAGCAAUUGACCCAGUUCACUGUAUCCUCUUCAAAAUUCCAUGAAUGAUCAUUGUUUGCUGCUCUUAUAUGGUCUGAGACUGCUCUUGAAUGAUAAAUGUUGCUUUGAAUAUUUCAUCAUAGUAAUCCCAUUAUUGUCUAUCAAGCUCUUGGACACUUGAUAUUGAUUUGUAUUUAGGUUGCUAACACCAUAAAACUCUUACUCCUUACUGCCUUUGUUGACCUUUAUACUAUCAAAACUCAAACACUGUCAUCACUAUAUCUUUCAAGACUGCUUUUUGUGUGCUAUCUUAAUAGUGAGGUCUAUGACCAUCACCAUUCUCUUUAAUACUGUCUCUUCACUAUUCUGUUGUCAAUGGUUGGGUCUGCCCUUUUGAUGCUUGCUAUGACUAUUUUUAUGACAGUUAGUAAUGACUGUAACUGCCCCCAAAAAUGACUACUCUAUCUAAUAAAUAGUUUCUCCUUAUAUGUGUUUGAUCUUUGAAGAUCAUUUCUCAUCAUUGGAAGUAUUGGUGCCUAUAGUUUUAUGAUGGUAUUGUACAUGAUUCUGACCCUUUGUUGAAUCCUAUGUCAUGACUGUCACAAAAUAUUGUAUUCAUAGUGCCUAAAUUUGCUUUGUUAAUGGAGACUCUUCAAACAUCUUAGGCGACUUCUAUCAACUGUAUAUUUGUUAGCCUUGCAACCUCUUUUACUAUGAACUCAAACUAUGUCUCUUAUCACAUACAUGAACACACUCAUAGACUGUCCUUAAAGAUAUUUUCACUAUGCCUAGUUUGUUCACACAAGCUGGUCUUGUAAUCAUUUGAUGCCUCAUGGCUGAAGAUGCACUUAUUUUCUGAAUUUCUAGUAGCAUUGUUCAUGAACUCCAAUUUAGACUGUGGCUUCCUUAUUCAUUGUCCAUUUCCCUUGUGAUUAUGAUCAUUCACUGUAUUUGGGGUGCGAUGAUUGUGUAUGAUGCUUUUGGAAGGCUGUCUCAGACCCUAGGCACUGUCAAGCUGCAUUAUACUUGUGUUAUGCCUUUAUUUAAUCACUAUUUUGAGCUUCAUGAUUGUAGUAAUGGACAAACUAUUUUGAGCUUCACUUAUCUUUGAUUGUGUGUUGCAUUCUCCUAACUAUGUGAACAAUCAAUGUAACUGAGAUUGCUCUCAAUGCUUCUGUGCAUGAUAUUAACCAUUGUGUGUGUACUUGUAUUUUGAUGAUGAAGCUUUGAUUUGCUAGGCUUUUGAUCUGCUCUGUCCAUGACUAUUUAGCCUGCUAUUUUUGUGAUUUGUGGCUGAUCCUAAAGGGUAAUAACAAUUUGUUAGCUACUCUAAUACAGUGAUGAGUUUUCAUUGUUCUGAAUAAGGGCUAGGACUGCUUUGAAAUAUCUUGCUUAUCAGACCUAUACCUUUUCAUUCUUCACUAUGCAUGGAUGUCCUCUAUUUAACAGUGACUGUAUCUAUUUAACAUCACCAACUAAAUCAAAGCAUAUACUAACCAUGGAAUAUGGCUUGGAUGUGUCUGACUCUAAUG